AUGUCAACUUCAAGGGAAUCUCUUAUGAUCCUGAAUGCAUCUGAGGAAAAACUGGUGCUCCAUGCUUACGAUCGGCAGAAACAUGACGGGCUCUCCCAUGUCCAUAUUGGAGGAGAUAUGCAACUCACACUUGCCUCCAGUAGAGGUGGUCGGGUCAGUCUUUUGACUGGGAGAAGAGUAACUGAGAAUGAUAAGAUGAUGCCUGUAGCAUUUUGCGAAGCACAUCUUUCUACGUCUGUAACGAAGCUCAGCCCAGGCACCCGGCACUCCACUAUGCCUACCAGCUCCCAAGUUAUCUAUGGGACAGCCAUGAACGGUACAGUUUACCGCUUCUUGACACUGAAGGAGAAGGAAUGGCGUUUGCUGCAUUUGCUGCAAAAUUUGUGCAUCCGCGACACAGUCAUAUGCCCUUUUACGUCGAAAAGGAAACGGCAGCGGAAUCCUGCAGGAUACGAAUCCCUUGAAUUCCAGCCUUCUCAGAUGCACAUUAAUGGGGAUAUAUUGAAUCGUUUAUCAAUCCGAGGGCCGAGCUAUCUAAUGUACAUGCUGGUUACGGAAGAGUUCUACAGCCCCUCGACUCCAGAAACUGGCUCGCCACAGGCCAUAUAUGAACGGUUUUUGGAGCUGUCGAAGGAUCUCCUUGGAGAAACUUCGAACCCGGUUGAAGAUGUAAUGAUGUGGCUCAAGCGCACACUACAUGUGGGAUUCUAG